AUGUCCGCAUCGUUCUCCGCCGAGAUUCCCGCCGAGAUCCUCUCUCUCCAAAACCCGCUCAUUGCCAAUCAAUCCGAUAAGGAAUUCACGCUGAAACUGGGCGCUGGAUCUGUUUACGAGCAUCCUAUCACGGUGACGGCUGGAAGCGAGGUGAAGUGGUUAUUCCUCUGCGACGACAGCAAUGUGCACUUCUCAGUGAUUCUGAACGCGGCGGGAUCGAGCGAGGCGCGCGAGAUCGAGAAGGAGCAUCGAACGAAGGGAGACGGUCGCUUCGAUGGAGGGGAGUUCCGGAGCGAGGAGGCCGGUGUGCUGACGCUGGUGUGGGACAACACGCGGUCGCUGAUAACGGGGAGGGAAAUUCGAGUGCGGCUGGCGGUGAAACAUCCGGCCAAAGUGGAAGAAGAAGUGAAGGAGGAGGAAGAAGAAGAAAAACCGAAAGAGGAAGAGGAAAAACCGAAAGAAGAAGAAGAAGAAGAAGUGAAGGAGGAGGUAAAACCGAAGGAAGAAGAAGAGAAACCUACAGCGGAGGAGGAGGAGAAGGAGGAGAAAAAAGUGAUUACUGCAGCCCCAGAGAAUGCUACAGCAACAGAGUGCAUUGUUUGUUUGAAAUAA